AUACUAUAUCUACGGUCGAUAUGACGUCACUCCUCGAUUUUGGUAAGUUAUUUCACAAUAUUUUUGCGGCAGCCGGCAGGCAAGGCAUGUUUGUCGAUUGUUUAGUUUAGUUGCCCGGCUCGGCUGCUUCCGUAAUAACGUGUGAUCAUAAACCCUGCACUGUUUAUCGUAUUACGUGAUUAAUAACAUUGUAAAUACAAUAUAAUUUAAUAUAGUAUUUGUUUAAACAAGUAUUUAUUAACAUGGAUAAUAUUGAGAGUACUGGUGAGUCUACUGGUAAUAGUGUCGUUGAAAUAACUCAAAGCAAUAUUGAUUCUAUAAUUGCUUCAAAUGAAUUAGUUUUCAUAAAUUUUUAUACUGGUUGGUGUAGUUUUAGUAGAUUACUGAUGCCCAUAUAUCAUGAUGCUGCUGAUGAAGUUAUGAAAGCUGGUUAUGACACAGGCAAGGUGGUCGUGGGAAAAGUAGACUGUGACAAAGAACAUGAAAUUGCAAGUAGAUUUAAUAUAACCAAGUACCCAACUCUACAACUGUUUAGAAAUGGUUCACCAACUAAAAAGGAGUACAGAGGCCAGCGGUCUGUAGAAGCAAUAACAGAGUUUAUCAAAUAUCAGUUAAUCGAUCCUGUAAUACAAUUCAGUAAUUUGAAAGAGCUCCAAAAUCUAAGUGAGGACAAGAGACAUAUCAUUGGUUACAUGGAUCGGAAAGACCAGCCUGAAUACGAUGUCUUCCGGAAGGCAGCUGCCAGUCUAAAAGACGAAUCCUGUCUGUUUCAUGUAGGAUUUGGUGAAGUUUCACACCAAAUUCAUCCAUCAGGGCAGCCUAUUGUAGUGUUUAGAAAUGACAAGACAUCAGUAGAACCUGAUGAAACUUACCAUGGCUCACUGCUCAACUAUGAUGAACUGCACGCUUGGAUGGAGCCAAAAUGUAUUCCUCUAGUGCGUGAAAUUACAUUAGAAAAUGCAGAAAAGCUUACAGAAGAAGGAUUGCCGUUCCUCAUCUUGUUCCAUCAUCCCUCCGACACUGAAAGCGUAAAGAAAUACAAAGAAAUCGUUAGUAGCGAAUUGGAAUCUGAGAAACAAAACAUAAACUUCCUCACUGGUGAUGGGGUUAAAUUUGAGCAUCCUAUGAAUCAUCUCAAAAAGUCAGUGUCAGACCUGCCUUUGAUCGCCAUCGACUCCUACAGACACAUGUUCCUCUUCCCGGAAUACAAGGAUAUAGAAAAACCAGGAAAGCUCAAGCAAUUUCUACAAGAUUUCUACUCUGGAAAGCUAAGCAGAGAUUUGCAUCAUAAGCCUGAGGAGAUCAAUGUGAUGCCUAAAAGAAAUACAAAGAAUAUUCAGAGUACUAUUGAGGCUAUCCGUAACGGAGUUGUAGAAAUUACUGGAAGUAAUAUUGACUAUGUAUUGGCCAACUACGAAUUGGUGUUAAUAGUUUAUUAUUGUGAAGGUGAUCCGGCCAGUGCUCGUUUGCUACACACAUUCGAUAAUGUUGCAAGGGAAAUUAAGGAAGCCAGAUUUUCUUAUGGCAAACUUGCAUUGGGCAAAGUGGACUGUGUUAAAGAAGAUGCAAUUAGAAAUAGAUUUCAACAGUACGACACAAGUUACUUGUACUCGUAUGAGUUGUAUCCAACGGUCAAACUGUUUACGAAUGGUCUGCUCUCUAAACAUGGAUGUAGAUGCAAGCAAACCGUGCAAGGUUUUGUAGAUUUUAUCAAAGAACAAUUGCGUGAUCCUAUUAUAGUAAUCAAAAGUUUAGAUGAGCUUCAUGAUCUCAGUGAGAACAAGGGGCACAUUGUCGCCUAUUUGAUCUGCAAAGACCAAUAUGAGUAUAAGAUCCUUCGUAAUGUAGCUACCAGCCUCAGAGAGGAGUGUCAAUUCUAUGUGAUGUUUGGUUAUUCUGAACAACGAACAAAUCUUACAGGUAAACUAAGAGUAGUAUUUAGAUCAACAGGAGGAUGUACUGUUGAACUUCGUGACAAGUACGACGGGUCUAUGUGUAAUUUCUCUGAGGUGUAUACUUGGGUAAAUCAAAGAAUAUUUCCUCUUUUAAGGGAAAUCACAUCAGAUAUUGAAGAUGAACUGAGAAUGAAAGACAAUUACCCAUUUAUUAUUUUGUUACACUUACCAUCUGAUACAGAAAGUGUGAAGCAAUAUAAAGAAGUCAUCAGAAAGGAAUUCACACCUGAAAAACGCUUUACCGUUCUUCUGGCUGAUGGCAGAAAAUUCGAACAUCUAUUGGUUCGUUUUGGCAAAACAAUAACUGACCUGCCUCUAAUUGCCGUUGAUAAUUACAAAAACAUAAGAAUAUUUGAUUACAAUACUAUGAUGGAACCUGGAAAACUCGAGAGAAUCCUCAAUGACAUAGAAAGAGGGCAAAUUGAUCAGUGCCAUGUCACAGUAUAUUCUCGCCUUACGCCAAUGGACUAUACAAAUGACGUAUACAGUGUAUUUGAACUAUUUGAAUGAAAAUAGUUAGACAACUUAGGAGAACCCCAGUCUCAUACAAACUCGGCCCCAAAAAAGUCAAACGAUGAAAACUACAACAGAGCUGAAAAUUGGCCAUAAAUUAGAACACUUAAGGAGAUCUCAUGAGACCAAUUUUCAGAAAAAUCUACAUUGUUAAAUCAACUAAAUUAUUUUUUAAUGUUGCGUUUACGCAACUUAAUCGUAUCUGUUUGACAUCAAUAUCAUUGCAUCGUCUGUGUUAAACCGACAGUUUUUCUACGGAUUUGUUGAACAUUAGUUUGUCAAUUGUUUUUAUACCUAUCUGAUGUAAAUAAAAUGUAAAUUAAUUUAUGUAUAAAUUAUUAUUAAUAUUCAAUUAUAAUAUAGUCUAUCAAUUAUUAAACAUCCUAGAUGCAGGAUGCAGGUUCUUAUGCCAAAAAUAAAGUAUAAUUUUUGACUAACACCAUACCAAUCUUGCCCCUCUAAAGUGACCUUCAUUUUUUCAAAAUGUUAUUUUCAGUAGUUUCGGCGUUUAGGGGGAGAAAAUGGACAAUUUUGUCUAUUUUCUUGAAUAACUCAAAAAACUUUGUUUUGAAUUUAUAAAAAUAAAUAUAAUAUUUGAG